CUCUCUCUCUCUCUCUCUCUCUCGAUCUCGAUCUCGAUCUCGAUCUCGAUCGCUUCUCCGGAAGAAAGAAGAGCGAAACAUCCAACUGUAGGAGGAGCGAUCGAUGGAGGCAGGGGCGAGUUCCAGUCGGCGGCAGCGGCAGAGGCCUCACGGAGCCUUCAAGGAGGAGCUAUCGAUGGAGGCAGGGGCGGGUUCCAGGCUGCGGCAGCGGCGGGGGCCUUACGGAGCCUUCAAGGAAGUGGCUGAGCCACUGUUCAGUGUGGGAGCACAGGUCGAGGUCAGCCGGGAAAGCAAGAACUAUGGAGCUGCUUGGCUUGCAGCUACUAUUGUUAGUAUGAUCAGCAAGUCCAUAUUUUGGUGGAUUGCAAGACCCCGAGAGCUGUCACUGACAGAGAGUUGUCGACGGAGAUUGUUGAUGCUCAACACAUUAGGCCUCCACCUCCCCUUGCAUUAGACGAUGAGGAUUUCAGGUUACAUGAUGUUGUUGAGGUGCUUUACCAUGGCGGGUGGUCGCUAGGAGUUGUUACUCAGAUUUCUAAUGGGUCAAAGUACAUUGUCAAGUUGAAGCAUCAUGAAGAGGAGAUGGAGUUUAAUUGUUUCGAAAUGAGAUCCUGCCAGGUAUGGGAGGAUGGGCAGUGGAUCAGCUAUUCCUCCCAGAGCAUGAAACAAUAUUCACAGGAGGAGUUAAAGACAAGGAAGAGAGGCAGGCCUGCAAAGAAAAGCAUAGAAUCGGAACAAGCAGAAGAUUUGCCUGAGCAAGUUGCUGAAGAAGAACAUGGGAAGAAAGAAAUUGAGCAAUCAAUUCAAGGUCAGUCUUGUGAUGCAUCUUUUGAAACUCGAGCACAUAGUCAUCAUGAUGAAGCAACGGGGUACAAGGACCCCCCACUACUUGCGAAUAUGCAGGAGCAAUUCAUGCAUAAAAACCGCUUACAAGAAUAUGCUCAAAGGUCAUCCAUACCUUUGCCAAUAUAUCAAACUGUUAAUGAAGGGCAUCCAUAUGCAUCACAAUUUAGAUCUACUGUUCUGAUAGAUGGAGUGACAUUCAUGUCAUCUCGGACAUUUCCUCGUCGAAAAGAAGCAGAGCAAGACGUGGCAAAACUUGCUCUUGAAGGCAUAUCUAGGAAGAUAAAGGAUGAAGGAAUUCCCCUAAUUCAUGCAGAUACUACAUUCUGCAAGUCUAUCCUUCACGAAUAUGCAGUGAAGAUGUAUAUAGAGAAGCCUGCAUACACAACAUCUCAAUUAGAAGGGGUGCUGCUUCCUUCUUUUAUAUCAUCUUUGGUUUUUGAUGGAAAAACUUAUACAGGUGCUGCAGGAAGAAACAAGAAGGAAGCAGAACAGAUUGCUGCACGUGCUGUUAUUCAAUCCAUCUUAGCUCACUCUGAUACAAGGAUUAUCAUGUCUGAAAUUGUAAAAUCCAAGGGUAAAUUGUAUGCUGCAAUACAAAAGAACAAUGACUCAGGUUUAUCACAUCUGGGAAAUGCAGCCUCGGGACAGCAGGCAAGGAAUGACUCUAGUGGCAGUACUGUGAAAAGAAAAAAAAUUCAGGCUGCCCCAGCAAAUGACGACUUAGCUGGUGUUGCAAAUCAUAAGCAAUUGCUCUUGGGGCAACGUCCUGCUGCUGCAGAGACAGAACCACUUCUUGAAGCUAAGAAACCUAUAGAAGAAUAUCCAUGCGAACAAAGUUUUGGACCAAUUGGAGGGGGCACAUCACCGCCAGUUCUUUCACAAGAUGUUCUACCUUCAGGAUUAAAGAGGAUUGUGUUCGAGUCAUCUGAUGGAUCUUAUCAUGCUGAACAAAACCAGGUAAAUGAUCUGGAUGGGCCAUCUAUGCAAUCCUAUGAUGCUCAAUACAGGUUCCUAGUAGCCAGAGAAAGCGCUCGAGGAAGAAGCAGAACAGAGGACAUCAACACAGGAAAGCACGGACUGAACAGAUCUUCAAAACUGGAUUGUAAUUGUUCGACUUGCCCACCAUCAGGAGCAUCACUCUUUACCCAAGGUAUUGAAAAUAGCCUAACUACUGUUUGUGGGAUAAGACAAGGCUAAAACUUCACAACAUUGUGGGAUUCCUUGCUAUAUAGCUUAAAAUUCAACAUGAAUUCUCAUGGUGCUUUAUAGCUUAAGAUUCAUCUUUUCCCUUUCUGCAGCAAAUUGUUGAAUUGAUUUAACUUAUUUUCAUUGUAUGACAGUCUAACUUCUCUAACACAUUCCCUGAGGAAACUUGUUUUACUUCCAAAAAUGAGUCAAGACGACAUACGAAAAAAAGUAUUGGAGAUUAAGUUUUAGAUGCCUGAGUUUUCAUUUCUGUUAACUUAGCUUUAUACCUUACUUGGCGACCUUCAUCAAGUUUAUCAUUACUUCUAUUUUCCAAGUUCAUUUUGUGUUGACUCCAUACUAGAUGAUGUUUGGAAUAAGAUUUGAUGUUUAAUUUUUUGGAGUCAAAAAACAGAUGCUACUUACGUUGUUUUUGUGCCUCGACUCGUUUUUUUUUAUUUUGGCCAAGCAAAACAAUUUCUCUUUAUAAUAUAAAGGACAUAAGACUCGUUAUGGGUGAUAGUUGACUGAUUUGACAAGGACUUUUUGAUGAUGCCUCUGAUUCAAUCAUUUGAAAAAUAUGCUUGAACAAGAUCUCUCUUUUUUGGUAAUAAGACUUGAACAAAAUCUUUUAUUAAUUGAAAAAACGUAUAGCUGUGUUUACAUCUUAUUCAAGCAAGUGCAAUGCAUGCAACUUAGGAAACAAGAAAGGAGUUAAUUUAUCAUGCACUGGAUUUUAUUACAAUAAAAAGAAGUUCAACUUUUUACAAGGAUAUUUUCAUUGUGGGUGCUUGUUAGUAACAGACAGAUAUGUCAAUGGUGGAAGAAGUAUAUUCAUUUAUGUCUGAAGUUAUAUAUAGCGUUCUAAUGCUCCUCUAUUCAGGUUGGGAACUACUUAUACCAUUUUUCUGUAAUGAUUCAUAGAGAACUAAACAUUGAAGAAUGCUAAUGAAACUCUGUUUUAAUUAUCACAGCAAACAGUUAUAACCACCAAUUUCUAAUGGUCAGCUCCACCAGAAUAGUGCUGGAUCAUCCCCAUUCCUGUAGGCAUUGAGAGAUACUCUGCCUAUGAUUGCUUCAUCUUGGUUCAAGAACCUACAAAAAUCCUCUAUUUUAAUAAAACCAAAUCGAUGAGAAUAUGAAGGAGCCAUAGCAUUCACCCUUUUCCUGAAAAUAGUAAAAGAAUAUGCACCACUGACUAUAUUAGAUACACUACUGUAGUGUCAUAUUUUCGGUUUGCUUCCUAAAUGAUAGAUAAGUAAUAGACGUAAUCUGUUCUGUGUUAGUUCAAGUAGUUAGUGUCUUCAUGAAGAAGUAUAAUUGAUGUUGUUAGGGUUCUAAUUGUUUUCUAUAGAAGUUAACCUUAACUAAUAUUGUACAUAUUUUUGAAAAAUGCUUUCUUCAUUUCUAAGAUUAUAGUAAGUUUAAGCUUUCCACCAGGCUGUGGUUCUUUUUUGCUCCUUAUGAUCAGAAUAUCUUUUUUUCAGUUUGUUCCAUCAUGUGUUGCAUUUGUGGAUUCAAAAGAUUUGAAUGACUAGUUGUAGUUUUUUAGUUAUUAUUCUCGACUUGCAUGUGUUUGAUUUUCUACAUUUGUUAGUAGUUACUGGUUGGAAUUGUUUGUAUUUCAAGUUAGUAUCUCAUUCAGAUGCUCAUGUGACUUACCCUUCAAUUAUUGGAUACCCAUUAUAGGUCAUAAAUUGCUUUCAAUUCAAAACUUUCUAGCAACAUUGUUGUUAAUUUGUUGUUGAAGCUAGCCAAGUCUCCUCUUCUAGUUGGUUUCAAAAUUUGCCUUUUCUUCUUGUGCUUGCCUGAUCUUGAUAAGCAUAUUUAAGCUCAACAUAUUUAGACUUUAAUUAAGUAGGGAGUGACCAAUUAGUCAUCAUUAUCUUGAUGUAUUAUAAUUUUCAUCCUAAGAGUGAGCCAUGGUGCAACAGUAAGGUUGUUCUAUUAUGACCUGGAGGUUAUGGGUUCGAAACACAGUCUUUCUAUAUGUAGGAGUAAGGCUGCAUACGUUUGACCCUUCUCAGACCCUGCAAUGGUGGGAGUGUCGUGCAUUGUUAUAACAGUUUUUUUAUACAUUAUGCUUAGGUGUUUAACAAUCACUUAUGCAUGCUAUACCAGAUAUACGAAUGUGGUUUCUAUAUAAAACUUGUAUAUAAAGAUAUAUCAAUUCGAAAGAGAAAAAAAGGGGAAAAGAUUCAACUGUAGAUUUAUAAUCUAAUAUAUUAUUUUCGGAAAGAAUCUGCUCAAUAUAUUUGAUUUUCUGUUUUGGACAUAUAGACGUGUUGAAAUGUUUUCAUAUUCUUUUUUCUAGUGAUGUAAUUUCAAAGUUUAUGCAUGUAUUCUACUUUCCCACAAUCUACUUUCCAAUGAUGCAACUUUAUGUCAAUGUG